GCGGAGCUGACAGCUGGUGCCGGAAUGGAGCAGGACGGAGGGGAGUCGGCUGCAAGACCUAGGAGCAGCCCUGGACGUCCCGGUGAGUCGCCCCCUGGGGGCAGCACUGUGGGGCAGGAGGGAUUGAGAGGGGCUGGCAGUGGCAGGACAGCGGUCUCACAGGUUGGGGAGAGGGACCAGGUCAGCAGGGCACAGCAGGAGGCGGCUGGAGUUGGAGGCAGGAAGGAUAGCGCUGCGGAUCCAAGGGAUCAGAGGAGCAUGGCCAGGAGCUUGGGAAGAAGGGGAGACGGGCACAGCAUCGGCAAGUCUGGGGACCCAGGAGACAGGAGGAGUGGCAGUAUGGAGCGGAGUGGCAGCAGGCGGGUGACUGGCCAGGAGGACGGCGGCACCCAGGACAGCAGUGGGCGGGAGGCCUUUAGGGGUCGAUCCCAGGAGCGGCUCGAUAGGAGGAGCGCCAGCAGAGGGAAUGGCGGAGGAUGGCAGCGCGGAAGGGCAGAAUGGCGGGACAGCAGGUCAGGGUCUGCAGGCAGUAGGAGACAUGGGAACGGGAGCCCAGCAGGGAACCGGAGCAAUAGGAGGAGGUCAGCUUCUCGGGACAGGUGGCUACGGCGCCGGCGCAGUGAGUCAAGGUCGUCUGAGAGGAACCACACGGCACGGAGGAGGAGAAGUAGCGAGCGGGAGGGACGAUGCAGGCAGGGAAGUGGUGAGGACGGGUCUGAUCACGGGAAUGAAGGGCGGGUGAGGCUGCAGUCGGACAGAUCACCCAGGCUGUAUUCUCCUUGCAGGUCGUUGAGUAGGACGCCCACGAGAGCAACACACGAACAGGCGGGCAGGAGUCGGCGUCCCCUGGUUCCUUCUGGGUCGGCUGUCGUGGUGGAAAAAGUGGCGCCCCCGCGGUCAGCAGCGGCCGGGGGCUUGAGCG